UCUGAAGUUGUGGAGAAGUUUACCUCUCAUGUCUAUCUCAAUUCAUUGAGAAAGCUGGAGAGAGAGAUGAGUGGACAGACGGUCCCUGCGGACUUCUCAGGACACAUGUUGGACCUGGACGAAGACGAAGACCUGGAGGUGUUCACCAAGCAGAACACAUCACUGGCAGAUGGAGGUCCAAUGCCCAACUCUCCCAGCUCCAUGGUCAACCAGUACCGACUGGAAGAGGACGAGGAACAGCAGGACGCCAACACCAAAGACCUCUUCAUCACCGUUGACAACCCUGAGAGCCAUGUCACUGCCAUCGAGACCUUUAUCAUGUACAGAGUGGUGACCAAGACCACACGGAGUGAGUUUGACUCCAGUGAGUAUGAGGUACGCCGGCGCUACCAAGACUUCCUGUGGCUCCGAAGUAGACUGGAAGAAAGCCACCCAACGCUCAUCGUCCAUCCUCUGCCUGAGAAGUUUGUGAUGAAAGGCAUGGUGGAGCGCUUCAAUGACGACUUCAUUGAGACCAGGAAGAAAGCUCUGCACCGCUUCCUCAACAAGAUCUCUGAGCAUCCCAUCCUGUCCUUCAGCCAGCACUUCAAACUCUUCCUCACUGCACAGGACUUGGCGUCUCACAGGAAACAGGGUCCAGGCUUCCUGAGCCGGAUGGGAGAGACGGUGAGAGCGGUGGCCAACUCAGUGCGAGGCCUCAGAAGCCGACCGGAGGAGUUUGGUGUCAUGUGGGAGUACGUGGAGGACUUCAGCAACAAGAUCUCCUCUGUGGACAAAGUCACCCAGAGAAUAAUCAGGGAACAGAAAGAGCAUCUGGAUGAGCUGAAGCAGUACGGACCCACCUACACCCAGUGGGCGGGGUUAGAGGAAGAGCUGGAGGAGCCGCUGAAGGGCGUGGCCGGCUGCGUGGAGCGCUGCAGUAAGGAAACAGAGGAGCAGAUCCACCACCUGUCUGAAGUCCUGGUCCCCGCCCUGCACGAGUAUGUCCUCUGUGCUGAGACGCUGAAGGCUGUGAUGAGACGGAGAGACAACAUCCAGGCUGAGUUUGAGGCCAAAAACGAGGCCCUGGCGUCCAAAAAAGUCGACCAAGAAGCACUUCAGGAGGAGGUGGAUGGCCUGGCAGACCGGGUGGAACAAGCCAACAAUGUCUUAAAAGGAGACUGGUCCCGCUGGCAGGACAGUAUGAGAACUGACCUCAAGUCAGCCUUUAUCUCCACUGCUGAGAAGAACGUGGAAUACUACGAGCAGUGCCUGGCUGUGUGGGAGUCGUUCCUGCUGUCUCAGAAAGAGGAGUCUGCUGAACAGAAAGAGGAGGAAGACGCUUCCUCUUAAUGUUUUCACAUGAUCCAAACUUAAAGGUUGCCUCUUUCAGAACUACAUAAUGCACACCCACUUUUUUUGUCUGUCCUCCAUAAAACUCCUCUAAAUAUAGACUCUAAACCAAUGUCAACUCAUGCAAACAUGCAUCAUGUACGAAACAAGCGCACUCUGUCUCUCUUCCUCUCUGUCUGUCUGUCUGUCUGUCUGUCUGUCGGGCCAAAGAUGUUAAUCCCAGUCUCACCAUUCCAGUGAUGAUGGUUCAUCACUAAAACCUACACUGUGAUCCAAAUAUCCAUAUGUUAGUGUUUACACAGCUCCAUGUGCAUGGCCAACAAUGAAGUGAAGAUUCCUGGUGUUUCUAGAUUUUUUUUUUAUUUUUUUAUUUUUUAUUACAGAUGCAAUUUUCAUCUCAGCUCAUCAGUGGAACCACAGUACAGGAAGCUGUUUCUCUGUUCAGGAGAUUUCUACUACUGAAGUGUGACCUCAUAAGUUCCCAUUCCUCACCUCUCAAAAAAACCCACAAAAUUAAAGAUUGAUUCAGGCCGUCCUGCUCAGCUCCUCAAGUUGGAACUUUACCAUCAGGAAGUUUGAUGUUGAUUCCUUCAUACCUAUGAUAAUAAUGAUAAUAAUAAUAAUAAUAAUAAUAAUAGUCAUAAUAAUUGUGCACAGUUUUCCUGCUGUGGUCCCUCUGCUGCUGUUUCUGACCUUUCAAACUUUGUAGUGAUUUCACUGUGUUCACCAAAGAGCACUUUGUUGAGUAUAAUAUUAUUUGAACUGAUCUGAAUGAUGACCAAAACUAUGAAAAUAAGAACCAUUCUGUAAUAAACAGUCCAUCAAUGGUAAAUAUUUCCAUUUCUCUAUGAUUUAUCUGCAACUUACAUUUAUUUUCAUUACCAAUGAAUCUGUUGUUUUUGUUUUUUUUUUUGAUCCAUAAAAUUUUAGAAGUGUUGAUCAGUGUUUCCAGAUGAUGUCAUCAAAUGUUUUGUAUUCGGUUUACUGUCACAGAAGAUGAAAGAAACAAAGAACAUUCACAUUUUAGAAGCUGGAAUCAGAAAAUUAUUUUUUUAAACAACUCAAAACAAUGAAUCAGUCAUCAGAAUAGUUGAUGAUUAAUUGAAUAGUUAACAACAGACUUUAUGACUCAGACAGUAACAGUAUACAGUAUAAUGGAUGGCUGCUUCAUACGGUGCCUUCUUUUUCUAAUUGCUAAGAAGAGCCUGAACUCACCAUGAACAAGCAGCUCUGUGCAGCAGGUUACUUUCUACUGAGAUAAAACACAUCUGUCAGGCUGCUGUCACAUAUUCAUUCAUCUCACAAUGCACACUUUAAUGAUUUGAAGCCCCAGAAUUGUGACCCAAAAAUGUCACUAAUACCAAACUGAUGGAACCAUGUGACUGAAAUGUGAUCCUGAACCUUAGCUUUAUAGUUUAUUAGCAAACAAUACAGAUGUCAAAGUUUUACAUGAUCCAGGAAAAUUCAUCUUUUCUGAGUGUGAAAGUUAUCAGCCUUGAACACAACUCUGUAAAAAGAUGUUAAGUUUUUUUUUUUUUUUUUUAGGGGGUCAAAACUGACAUGGCCUGGUUUUAUACACAUACACUAACACCAGGAUCAGACUACACACUCUCAGCUGCUGCUUUUAUCAUGUGUAGUGAGUGAUGGAGGGAAAACACCACAAGCAGCAGGUCAGACUGUAACUACACACAGAGCUCUACAGCUUCUUUCAGACAUGCACAUUCAUCUGAUGGCAGUUUAAGGUGUCGGCCUCAUGUGUCACUUUCCACCUGAUACAAGACUGAAUACUGUCAGAGGAACAUAAAACAUGCAGAGAGAGAAAUGUGCUUCUAGUUUCACCUUCAAUCAUCUCUGUCUUAUCAAUAAUGUCUCAAUAAUCAUCUCAUAUGCACACAAUUAGAUUAGGAAUCCAUCAAUGAUGCAGCUGCAAACAAGCAAAGUCUUCUUUUCUUUACGUUUCACUCACCUCUCCCUCUUUCUGUAAAUGUCUUGAUACAUCUGAACAUUCAUGUAAAACAGACAGAUGCAUUCUCCAAUGUUCCAUUUACAUGUCUGAAAAGAGCUUAACUGUAAAUUAAGAGAAGAAGAGGAGGAGGAGGAGGAUGAACCUGGACUCUGACUCUAACUCAGGAGCUUUACACAUCUUAUUAAAAUGUCCAUGAAUGCUUCCAGCUUCACUUUCAUUCAUAAAACAGUGAUGAGAGGUGCUGCAGUCAGUCUCAUGCACCUCACCUGUUCAUCUGCAGGUGAGAAAGAACACGCUGUAUGAUUCAUCGAGGUUCAAACAGAACAUACUGUGUAGUCUGAUCCUGCCACAGGUCAAACUUUCUAUUACUUUAACAUUAAUGCGUCCAACAUUUGACUGCCAGCCAGUUCAGAUCAUGUGUCUUUUUAAUAGAUUUGCUCAAUUCUGAACUGAUUCAUUCAGGGUAAACACCAAACAAGUGAAAUGAUGUCAUCAAGAAAUGCAUGGAGCAUCAUGUUUGAUGACGAUGAUGAUGAUGAUGAUUAUCUAAAGUUGGACUUUUGAUGUGAGAUCAGACUGGUGUGAAUGACUACAGCACUAUUGACCUGCUGUGAAACUUUCUAAUGAAACCUGUAGAAUGUUUGGUUGUUUUGUGCCAAUGGAGAUUUUAAAGUUUACAUGUUUGAUGAAGACACUCAGUGUCUUUGUAACAUAAUGCUUCAAUGAUCCUUUUAUACUGAUCGAUUAUUUUUCCUCUCUUUUUUUGCUUUUAUUGUUAUUGAAUAUGUAAAAAAAAAAAUUAAAAAAUCAAAAAAACAAGUCAGAAUGAAAUAGAUGGUGAGAUGUUGACAUGAUAAUAAAGACUGAUUUCACGCUA